ACGAAGCGGGAUAGAGGAGAACCAGCUUGGCUUUUUCUGUGUAAUCAAUUCUUUCUGGUUUCGCGCCUUUUGGGGUUUUUUAAACUAUUCCUGUUUCUGUCAAAGGAAUCUCACAAUGGGUGUCACUUCUACGUUCUCUCUACUUGGUACUUUCAUUCUGCUCUUUUUCACAUAUCAGCCGGUGUCAGCUGUCGAAAUAGAUUUCACCUAUCAUAACUUCCCUCGCAUGACUUCCAUUCUACAACAGAUUGCUAGUCAGUAUCCUGAAUACACCAAGUUAUAUUCCAUAGGAAAAUCCGUACAAGGGCGAGAGUUAUGGGUCAUGCUGGUAACCAACGAUCCAAACAACGAGCCACUUCUGAAGCCCAACGUGAAAUAUGUGGCGAACAUGCACGGCAAUGAAGCUGUUGGCCGAGAACUCAUGCUGCAUCUUAUCGCAUAUCUGGUGAACAACUUUGGGAAAGAUCCUUACGUCACGUGGCUGAUGGAAAACACGAGGAUCCACAUUAUGCCUUCCAUGAAUCCGGAUGGGUUUGAAACUUCCCUAGAAGGAGAAUGUAGCGGUGUGCAAGGAAGAGGCAAUGCCAAUCAAUUCGACCUGAAUCGCAACUUCCCCGAUUAUUUUACUCAAAGUUCCGACAACAUUCAGAAGGAAACCAGAGCAGUGAUGGAUUGGUUGAGGAGGACACAAUUUGUUCUUUCAGGCAACCUGCACGGAGGGGCUCUCGUCGCCAGUUACCCCUUCGACAACAUUCCACCCAAUUCACCAAAAAGUUUUCGUAGUGUCGGACAGCCGUCUGUUACUCCGGACGAUGACGUGUUUCGGCACUUGGCUGAAUCCUAUUCUUUCAGCCACAAAAAUAUGUACCUCGGAGUCGCCUGCCGAGACGGAACUCCUCCGUUUGUCAACGGAACUACAAACGGAGCAGCUUGGUAUCCACUGAAAGGGGGAAUGCAAGACUACAACUACGUUUGGGCAGGAUGUAUGGAAGUAACCUUAGAGCUUUCCUGUUGCAAGUUUCCCAAGUAUCAUCGUCUUCCUCAAUUUUGGUCAGACAACAAGAAAGCUUUGCUGCAGUAUCUGGCGGAAGCACAUCAAGGAGUUUGGGGUCAAAUAUCCGAUCCAGAAAAAAACCCAUUAUUCAACGUAACUGUUCGAGUAAAAGGCAGAGAUUUUGGAUCUCGGACAACGGUCAAAGGAGAGUACUGGCGAAUUUUGAGACCCGGAGUCUACACCCUUCAGGCUCAUGCUGCUGGAUAUGAACCUGCAGAGGUCGUGAUUCAAGUUGCCAAAGGUGUCGCGAUACAAAACAUCACAUUGUAUCCACUGGAAUCCACCUUGUACGAACAGAGGAAUGACUAUACUCCCUUGCGCAACAUCUACCCCAGCAUUAGCCCCUCGGCAUACAAUACAGCAUCAUCAGUGAAGGGGGUGUGGCCAACUUUUACGAAUUUCCUGCGGCCCAAGGAAUCUGUGAUAUUUCCCCAGCGACGGAAUCAGCAGACGCAGCCAUACAUCAUCAACUACCGAUCAUCACCGAAACGCUUCUACGCUAACUACGACAUUUACAGUCCAUUCUGAAACGCCCAACGUGUCUGAAUUUUAAUUUUGAUCUCAUAGUAUGUGAUGUGAAGAUACAUGAGACGGAAGUCUGCUAUGAGUACUUAGUAUUAUUUCGUCGACCAACUUCAUCAAGAAAAAAAAAAACUACCGCCAAAUAAAAACUGUAAUCAUAAAAUAUCGCCAAAAAUGUACAUCCGAAGUUUUACAAAAAUGAGUAGAGCAAGCUUGGCUUUGCUACUCAAGUAUACAGUACUGGCCAAAUUAUUAGACUAAGACUGUUUUAAAAGCAAAUUCUUUAUUGAUUACAUAACUAUAAACACAAAACGAACAGUGAAAUCAUUGUCUAAUAUUUAGUAUGCAUUCCCUUGCUCUUGAUGAUCAUUUUAAGUUUUUUUGGCAAACUUUUCACAAGGUUUACAUCAUUUCUUAACUUUUUAAAAAAGGAAGUAAAAAAAUUGUUUAUACUCACUGUUAUAUAUACUCACAUACACAUACUCACUAAUUACCUAAAGAUAACUUUAAAUAUAACAGAACACACUAAUAAAAAGAACUGGUGAACUGUUUAAGCUGAUUGAGGUUAUGUUCCUGGUAGGUAGAUAAACAAAGAACAUAAAUAAAGCGACAGUGCUGCCACCUGCAAACAUUAAAAUUAUGCUAAAAUAACGUAAUAAUCAGUGUACAGUAUGUACUGUACUUUAACAGUAAAAUAAAUAGUAUUUUAGUACAAAUAGUGUACAAAAAAAAAAAAAACUCUUUAGUCAAAUAACUUGGCCAGCACUGUAGGCGAUCUAUCAUGCACUUAGUGAAGAUUUUUAUUUUGGGGAAAUUGGUCGACGGAAUAAUACUUGAGUACCCCACAAAGGUUUUUUUUAUGCGAUAAUUGUGUUCGAUAUUUUUAAGAACUGAUUUUCUUGAAUUUUCAAUCAUCUUGUAUUGAAAUUUUACAUUAAUAUAAAUUCUUAUUAUUUUCAAAAAAGGUCGUGGAGGGUAUUUUCAUAUCCUUUUAACUUUGGUUUUUGACUGAUUUUUGUUUGCAUCGACCUUUUUUUCUUUGUGAAACUUUUAUUACCUGAUUUUUAUCAUAGUAUUCAUAGCUUAUACCUUUUUACAAAAUAUUAUAUUUCAAGUUUAAAAAACGUUGUUAGCAAAAUCUCUAACAUUGCAUUAACUUUUAUUGUGGUACAAAAACAUUCAAACAUGUCAAAGAGUCCUUGUUUGUUUAUUGUUCAAAAAAGUAUUAAAAUAGUACUUAAAGGCAAUUAUACCUUCUCUUAAAAGAAAGCUAAUGAUGUUACUGAUAGCUAUUGGGAACGAUGUAAAACAGGUUUGCUCUAUAAUUUAUGAAUUAAGAAACUCUUCGAGCCAUUUUGCAACAUAAUUUUCAUCCCAAAAAACACGAUAUUGUAGUAAGAAAAGUUUUCUUAACUAAACUUUUGUCUCAAUCAAGGUUGAGUCAAGAAAAACAAAUUUUACAAAAUGUUAUAAGUGUUGAAUUUACCAUAUUUUUCACUUAAAACUACUCAUAUGUGAGACAUACUUUCAUUUUAUUCGGAAUUUUUUUUAAAUUUGUGGUUAAAUGAAAUUGUUUCAAACGAUAUGAACAUAGAUUUUCACACCCAAAGGAAGGAACAGGUAUUAUUUUAAAACAAACAUUUAAUUUUACUUUGAAACAAUGAACUACUAUGGAAACGACCUCGAUAAAAUAUCUGAUACACUAACUGUAAUCAUCAAUUAAAAAAAAUCACAUUAUGCGUUUUUUGGUGGUUUAGGAUCUUUUUUUUUUUUAAGUAGGUGGCAUUGAUGUGAAUUAAUAAAUAAAACACAUCUAGGAAAAAAAAAAGAAUAAAAUUCGAUGAAGAUCCAGUUAAAAUAUUGUGUAUGUAAUAAACUGACAGUGAACGACUUGUUUACGGAUAUGAUGAAAAAUAAUGCAGUGUGGUUCUGGUAACUUGAUAUUUGACCUUGAACGAGCUCGUUUAUGUUAGGGUUGAAAAUAGAGAAAUUCUUAGAAUGGCACAACGACAAUAUCACUGGGGAACAGUGAUUAGUCUUACUCAGAUCUGUAACUUGUUUUCAACUAACUUUCGCCCCCGAAUCCAAAUAUGAUCUCAGAUUAAACGUUUUUAAUAUGCAUAGGACACAAAGAGACCUACUCAACAAGGUGUAGGACAUUGAAAACUUAAGACAAAAGAAAAUAUUUUUUAGCAAUAACAUACAAUGCAUGCGCAAUGAAAGGGAAAAAAAAAAUCUUUUCUGUGUUUCUGAUGAACAUGGAUUAUUUUAUAUUUCUCACUAAAAAUUAAUCUUUUGCAGUAACAUAAAAAUUGACUUAAAAGUUAUCAGGAAUAAUUGCAAUAAUAUUUGGAAAAGGAAUACUUCAAAUUAUUAUUAUUAUUUUUACUUUUUAUUUCGCUUUUAAAAGUUCGUUAUCAGUCAGUAUGAGAACAGUAGACGCCCCUGCAGAAAGUGGUCACAUGUUUCUUUUUACAAAAUUUGGGGGGGGGGGGGGGAAACUUACAUGGAAGGAGAAAAUUAACUACCUUUUUGAUGUCAGUUUGCCUAUUAUUCAAAGCAGCUCAAAAAUACUCACGAUAUAUCAUCUAUUAAGCCUCAGCGAAUCAGGCUAUACACAACUGGUUAGAUUGACAAAAAUAUCAUUGCUAAAAACUUUUUUUAUAGUUCCGUUGUGGUUUUUUAGAAUAAUUAUGCAAUUCUGUUUUCAAAUAUAAACAUUUACGAUGCAUUAUGAUAGUGUUGAUGGAGACAUUUUUUAAUAAUUAGUUGAAUUCGACCGUUUUACCUUUUUGUCCGUCCGUUACCAAAAUCAAUAUUAAUAAUGUAAUAUUAUUUACAGUUUAGUUUUAAAUUUAUUUGCACUGUGAUAAGCAUUUAAACCUUGAAAAUUACAUAUUUCACUUUUUGCUUUGACUCACCAUGUAAGGACUCGGGAUUGAGCAGAAUGUUCCAAUUUUAUACGCGUUCAGGAAUUCAAUUUCCAAAACUAUCUUUCCAUUACCCAGUAUUAAAAUGAAAAAUUACAAACGCAUAGUUACAAAAAUUUAGUACCAUAUUUUUAUAUCGUGACUCAAUCGAGGAAAAUGAUGCAUACUUUAAUAUUUUGAUUAAACAACUUAGUCGAGUGUUGUUUAAAUUUAUGUCGGUUUCAGCUUAUAAACUGUGCUUCCGUUUCUGAUAAAAAUGACAUAGAAACAAAACAAACAUUCGUCGUUUCUCUAUAUAAACGUCUAAACAAUCAUGUAAACUUAAAAACUUACAAAUGUUUUCAUUUUGUGUUCUCUUUAAAAACAGACGAGUCGUUAUUUCUCAAUUAACUCGAUAUUCAAAGCAAAAUUAGUUUUAUUAAAAUCUGUACUAUUUCUCCUGUAGUGACGGAUUUCUGAAGAGACUAGCUAGGCUGUAGCGACAAGCUUCCAUAAGUGGCAUAUUCAAAAACGGAAAUUUUCCCACGGCCACUAAAAAUGGAGUAGCAAAUUUGCCAAACUUCAUUUUAAUUUUGAAAGAAAUAAAUCAGAGCUGGCAAUUUGUAAAUUCGCCUCUUUUCCCGGAAAUAAAAUUUAGCGAAACAACAGACAUAAAUACAAAAUGUUAUAGUUGUUUUUUUAUUAUUAUUAUUAUUAUUGUAUAUUAAAAAGUUUUUUAUUUCACCAUGCGUCAAAAAGCAUUUUCAUUUUUCAUUUUUAUUGUGAUUUAAAUGUAUGCACCGUUGUUCUUAGUCAGCAGCUUAGUUUAGUAUUUUUUAGAAUUGUUUGUAACAUUAUUUAUUGUUGCCAUUGAUGUGAAAUAAAUAAAAUUUUUA